UCGCUGCGGGAGCUGCGGGCUGAUGUCGGGAGCCUGGUGCAGCGGGCAGGGCGGCAGAUGGCCGAGCGCGGGGCCCCCCAGCCCUCCCUGCUCAGCACCAUCCACGUGCUGAGCGCCUACGCCGGCAUCGGGGCGCUGGCCGGGGCCUUCCGGGAGACGGGGGCCCUGCUGCUGCUGACGGAGAUGCUGUGCCACCCGGAGAAGCAGAUCCACCACGGUGCUGGCAAGAUGCUGAGGGCCUUGGCUUCGCACGAUGCAGGGAGCAGAGCCUAUGUCCUGCUGUCCCUGAGCCAGCAGGACGGCAUUGAGCAGCACAUGGACUUUGAGAGUCGCUGCACCUUGCUGGAGCUUUUUGCUGAGACCAUGUCCUCUGAAGAGCACGGCAUGUCCUUUGAGGGGAUUCACCUUCCCCAGGUGCCCGGGAAGCUGCUGUUUGUCCUGGUGAAGCACUACCUGCGUGUCACUUCCCUCCUGGAGAAGCUCGGCAGUGGCGCGGAGCAGGGAGGGGAGCAGCAGGACCGCGCUGUGCCGAGCCUGGGCACUGGGGAGAGGAGCUGUGUGAAGGAGGAGUUUGAGUUCAGCAUGGCUCUGGCAAACCUCAUCUUGGAGCUGGUGCAUGUGAUGGGCUGGGACCACAGCCAGAAGCCAGAGCUGCUGCCCCAGCAGGAGCUGCAGCCUCACCCUAGCCACUCCAUCUUCCAGCCCAAGCCCCCGCCCUUCCCUGCUGCCCAGGUGCCCGCGCCCCCUUCCAGCCGUGGUGCUCACAGAAAGCAGGGUCGUGCCUUCCUGACGCGCUCAGACUUCGCCGACUGCAGCGGCUACGUGGAGUACCUGCAGGCCACCCUGGUGUGCGGCAUGAGGGUGUGCUUGCUGGAGGACUAUGGUGAUGUUAGAGCCGGGGAGGAAGGCGAGGUUCUUCAGAGCUCUGGCAGCAGGUACACUGUGCAGGUUUUAUGGCAGUCAGCAGGUCGGACCGACUGGAUACGUUGGCACAUGUUGGAGAUUAUUGGCUUUGGAGAUCGGGGGGAAGAUCCUGCUGCUCAGAAAAAAGAGUAUAGUCUGCUAAAGAGCUUUAAUGUAGACACAGUUGCUCAGCCGCUUUUCCGCAAGCCCUUGGGCGGGCUGUACUCCCUGCCUUACCUGGGGGAGCAGCCCCCCGAGGCUGCAGAGGCCCUGAGUCGUGCCGAGUGGUGGGAGCUGCUCUUCUUUGUGCGGAAGCUGGAAGCGCGGGAGCAGAAAGAGAUCACCUGUCUCAUGCAACAGGACCAGGGAGAGCAGGUGGAUGAAGAAGCCCUGAUCCAGCUGUCAGUGCCCGUGGAGCUGGCCCAGAAAGUGCUGCAGGUCCUGGAGAGGCGGUGUCAGGGCAGCACUCGGCGUGCCCUGUGUGGCUCCCCCAUCUACACCAAAUACCUCCUCGGGAGGGCGGCCGCGCGGGAUGCCUCGGCAGCCAGGUCAGCUAAGGAAGAGCUCUCGGCAAGCACGGUGCCACCCGCAGCCCCUAGUGGGGCAGCCAAGUCAGAUUCCCAGCUGUUCAGUGAGCUCCUUGAGAGGGAAGGGCUGCUGUUCCCAGAGGUGACGGAGGAGCAGAUCAAGGUGUUGGGCAGCUGUGAGGGGGUGAGAGAGAGGGGCUCGCUGGCCAGGAUUGCAGCCAUCGUGGACACGAUCCAGAGCAGCAGCUCAGAGGUGGGGCUGCAGUUAGCUGGGCUCAAGCAGAUCGUGAGGAUCCUGGAGGAGGAGCCAGAGCUGGAGCAGCAAGUCAACAAAGCCCAGGGCAGGCUGGGUUCCUGGAGUGCCAGGGAGAAGCUGGUGAAGGUGACAGUGGAGCUGCUGAGCGCGGAGGUGGCAGAGAAGGCACUGGUGGUGCUGGUGCUGCGGCUGCUGGCCCUGCUCAUGGCCAAGUACGACUGGCGCGUGCUGUUUGCCACGGAGGGCGGCGUGCGGGCCGUGCUGGCAGGCAUGAGGCAGCACGGCUCCUCUGCCCUGGUGCAGCAGGCUGGCCUGGCGGCCCUGAAGGUGCUGUUGGGAGCUGUGGCCGGCAAGCCGGGAGGGGCCGGGGGGGCGCCCCUGCUCCUGAGCCGCCUCGACGCGCAGAUGAUGCGGGAGAUCUUUGCCAGCAUCGGCUCUGCCUCCAGCAAGUGCUCGGCCAGCCUGCUGAGCGCCAUCCCCGCUGCCAUCAGCACCAUGCAGAGGGUCCCAGGGGGCACCUCGGGUGUGCAGAACGGGCUGCUGGUGGUGACCAUGCUGAUCGAGAGCCACCGCGGGCUGGCGGAGCAGCUGGCGGGCUGCGGGCCCGGCGGCGAGGCCCCGGGGGUCCCCUCUGUCAAGGCGGCCCAGCUGCUGCAGGACCAGAGGUGCUUCAGGCUGUUGCUGCAGAGCUUGGAGUUGCUGGGGGCGGAGAAGGCCGUGAGCCUCAGCAUCCUCAGGAUCCUGAACAAGUUCCUGGACGCUUACCAGGAGGAUGUGCUCCCUUGGAACGAGUCCGUGGAGCCCUGUUUGUCCUCUCUGACUGCCCACAGCAGCGACCUGGAGGUGGUGCAAGAGGUCGUUGGCUUCCUCCACCGCCUGGCCACCGCCAGCAAGGACUGUGCAGUGGUGAUGUGCCACGUGGGUACCCGCGAGGCUCUGUCCAAAGCUCUGGACAAGCACAGCACGGCCCCGCUGCUGGCACCAGCCCUGCUUGACCUGGUGGUUGACUGCGAGAAGUAUGUCAGCCUCUACAAGAAGCUGAUGACCAGCAUCUUGGCUGGCUGCAUCCAGCUGGUCCUGGGGCAGAUUGAGGAGCACCGCCGGAACCAGCAGCCCAUCAGCAUCCCCUUCUUUGGUGUCUUUCUGCGCAACCUUUGCCGAGGCUCCAGCGUGGAGGUGAAGGAGAACAAGUGUUGGGAGAAGGUGCAGGUCUCCUCCAACCCCCACCGGGCCAGCAGGCUCACAGACAGGAACCCCAAGACAUACUGGGAAUCAAAUGGCAGCACCGGCUCCCAUUUCAUCACUGUCCACAUGCAGCAUGGUGUGGUGGUCAGGGAGAUGAGCAUGCUGGUGGCCAGCGAGGACUCCAGCUACAUGCCAGCCCGUGUUGUGGUGCUGGGGGGAGACAGUCCUGCCUCCAUCAGGACUGAGCUCAACAUGGUGACCGUCCUGCCCUCAGACAGCAAAGUGAUCCUGCUGGAGAACAUGACCCGCUUCUGGCCUGUCAUCCAGAUCCAGGUGAAGCGUUGCCAGCAGGGAGGCAUUGACACACGCGUGCGUGGCAUCGAGGUGCUGGGUCCCAAGCCCACUUUCUGGCCCAUCUUCAAGGAGCAGCUGUGCUGGCGGACAUACCUGUCCUGCACUGCCCGGGCUCAUGCCUGGUGCCAGGAGAUCUGCCAGGACCGUAGCCAACUGCUGCAGCUCUUUGGCAGGCUGAACCGUGCGCUGCGGCACGAGCAGGACUUUGCCGAUCGCUUCCUUCCUGACGCCGAGGUGGCCCAGGCAUUGGGCAGGACCUGCUGGGAGGCCCUGGUGAACCCCUUGGUGCAGAGUAUCACCAGCCCAGACCCCCGUGGCGUCAGCCCCCUGGCCUGGCUGUUGAGCGAGUACCUGGAGGGCGUGGAGCCCCCCUGCCGUGCCACGAGCCGCAGCGCUGCCUUUGGUUCCCGUGUGCGGCGCCUGACCCAGCUCCUGGUGCACGUGGACCCCGGUGGCCCAGAGCCAGAGGAGGCCAGAGUAGCUGGCCAGAAGGAGGGGAAGAACAAGGAGGUGCCAGCCAGGGCUGCGAAGGCGGUGGUGGAGAAGUCGAGCAGCCUGUGGAGCAUCUCGCAGUGCUGGCGUGGUGUGGUGCAGCAGCAGGUGCAGCGGUUCCUGGAAGCGGCAGGGCGGGCGCCGGACCUUGUGGAGCGGUACUGCACGCUGUACCAGCGCCUGCGCGGUGCCACGGAGCAGCUCUUUGGGCAGCAGGCUGCCUUCCUGCUGGCCCUGGGCCAGGGCUUCGCGGGGGCUUUGCUGCAGCUCUCCUUCCUUACCAGCCUGCACGUGAGUGAGCAGUUUGCCCGCUACCUUGACAGGCAGGUCCAGGAGCUCCACGGGGCUGCGGGCAGUGCGGAGCUGCCCCGGCAGCUGCAGCAGAUCCUGGAGCCCUUCGUCGUCUUCAGUGGCCUGGAGCUCGCCCACAGCUUCGAGCACUUCUACCGGCACUACCUGGGGGACCGGCUGCUGGCACAAGGGCCAUCUUGGCUGGAAGGAGCCAUCGUGGAGCAGAUCGGGCUGUGCUUCCCCAGCCGCUUCCCCCAAGAGAUGCUGAGCAACUUGGCUGAGUCAGAGGAGCUGCAGCAGCAGUUUCACCUCUUCCAGCUGCAGGAGCAGGACAAGCGGCUGCUCGAGCUGGACACGGGCCUGGAUGAGGUGAGUGCACCGGGGCCGGCCCCGGUAGCGGAUGUGCCGGAGGUGAAGGUGCUGGCCCUGUCCCCGCGCUGCUGGCCCAUCUCCCCGUUCUGCUACAUGGAUGAACCUGGCAGGUUUUUCUCAGCCGCCCUGAGCUCCCCCCUGGACGAGUUUGCCACCUUCUGCAGGCAGAGCCAGAGCCAGCUGGGCUGGGCGUGCAGGAAGCCCCCGCGGCUGCAGUGGACGUGGCUGGGCCGUGCUGAGCUGCAGUUUGGAGACUGCGUCCUCCACGUGUCCACGCUGCAGAUGUACAUCCUGCUGUGCUUCAACAGCGCCGAGGAGGUGGCUGUGGAGUCCUUGCUGCAGGCUACGGGGCUCCCUGCUGACCUGGUGCACCAUGCACUGACACCACUGACCCAGGGUGAGGGUGUCCUGGUGCAGAGCUGCGUGCUGGGAGGUGUGCUACGGCUGAACCAGGCAGCCCUGGCCUGUGCCUCUGGCCACCUGAGGCUGCUGCCCCAGCAGAGGUAACUGCAGGCCGGGGAGGCUGAGGUCAGCACCCUGGAAAGGAAGAGGAGCAUUCUCUACUGCCUCAUCACCCGCAUCCUCAAGGUGGAGAAGCAGCUCCACAUCGACAACCUGGUGUUUAGGGUGAUUGAUGCCUGUCAGAAGGGUGAGUCGGGGCCAGGACUGCAGUUUCUGAGCUUCUGCUGCCACCCACCUCUGGGGUGGGAGGCACAGAUGGUUUUCCAGAGCAGGCCACCAGAGGCAUGUCCAGAUGAGGAGAGCACAGACUGCUUGUACUGGUCAGAGGAGUUUCUCAUGGCCAUGCUCCAGGUGCCAAUGGGGCACACGCUUAGUCCAGAGGAGGCGAAGCUGCUUAUGAAGCAGACAGUACAGCAAGUUCAGGAUACUCUGAGCAUCCCAAAUGACGUUGCUCAGCACCUCCUCAUGCACUGCAGGUGGAAUGUGGAUUUCCUGAUCCAGUGCUAUGUGGAGAGUUGUGAGAACCUGCUCGUCUCCUCAGGCUUGCAAGUGCAGGAUGUCCAGCCCCCCCCGAGUCCAGGAACCCACUGCCCAGUCUGUGUGAAUCAGCUGUGUCCCACUGAGAAGCCACCAACCCUCUGCUGCAUGCACUACUGCUGCAAGCCCUGUUGGAGUGAGUAUCUCACAACUCGCAUUGAACAGAACAUGGUUGUCAGCUGCACCUGUCCCAUAUCUGAGUGCCGUGCGCAGCCAACUACAGCCUUCAUUUGUUCCAUUGUUUCCUCUGAAGAGAUUAUAGCUAAGUAUGAAAAAGCCCUCCUCAGAGGCUAUGUUGAGUGUUGCUCCAACUUGACAUGGUGCACCAACCCUCAGGGCUGUGAUCAGAUUCUCCUUAAGGAUGGACUUGGCUACGGGGCAGCCUGUUCAAAGUGCUCCUGGGUAUCCUGCUUCAACUGCAACUUCCCAGAGGCCCAUUACCCUGCUAGCUGCAGCCACAUGUCUCAGUGGGUGGACGACGAUGGGUACUAUGAGGGAAUGACAAGUGAAGCCCAAAGUAAACAUCUGGCUAAGCUCAUUUCAAAGCAUUGCCCAAGCUGCCAGGCUCAGAUAGAGAAAAAUGAGGGGUGCCUGCAUAUGACGUGUGCAAAGUGUAAUCAUGGCUUCUGUUGGCGUUGCCUCAAGCCCUGGAGACCAACUCACAAGGAUUAUUACAACUGCUCUGCUAUGGUGAGUAAAGCAGCUUGGCAGGAGAAGCGUUUUCAGGAUUACAAUGAGAGAUGCACCUUUCAUCAUCAUGCAAGGGAAUUUGCCACGAGUCUGAGGAACAGAAUUUCUUCCAUCAGUGAAAUGCCAAAGAUUAGAAAUUUGACCUUUGUUCUUCAUGCCUGUAAAGUGCUAGAACAGGCACGGAAGGUGCUAGCCUACUCCUGUGUGUACAGCUACUAUAACCAGGACUCUGAGAGCAUGGAAAUUAUGGAACAGCAGACUGAGAGCCUGGAGCUGCACACUAAUGCUCUGCAGAUCCUUCUGGAGGAAACACUGCUGCAGUAUCAGGACCUGGCCUGUUCUCUUCAGCUGCUGAAAGCAGAGCGUUUUCGUGCUGGUUUGGAGUUGGUGCACCGGAUCAAGGAGCGUCUCUUUGCAAUUCUCUGGCACUCCACACAGGAUUUCCACAUUGGGCUCCAGACUUCAGUAGAUCCUGAUCAGAGAAAGGUGAAACUCUCAAACGUGCCUGCUUCAGCUGCUGCCUGUAUGGGGUCAAAACAUAUCUUCUGUGGCUCCCCCAGCACAGAUGAAGGUCACAAAGAGGUUGAAGAUGAGGACUAUGAACUGCAGCUGCAGGAAAACUAUGGUAACGAUGAUGACCUUGAUGAAGACAACUUUCUGUUUGAUGAUGAGUCUGAUAAUGUCGAUUGUGACUCCUCCUCCUAUGAUGAUGAUGAUGCCUUUGGCUAG